AUGUCUGGAAGAAAGAAGGUUCUGCUGAAGGUUAUCAUCCUCGGUGAUAGUGGUGUCGGCAAGACAAGCUUAAUGAACCAAUAUGUCAACAAGAAGUUCUCUACCUCCUACAAAGCCACAAUCGGCGCCGACUUCCUGACCAAAGAAGUGACCGUCGACGACCGCAUCGUGACCCUGCAACUCUGGGACACUGCUGGCCAGGAACGUUUUCAGUCCUUGGGCGUCGCCUUCUACCGUGGCGCCGAUUGCUGCGUGCUGGUUUACGAUGUCAACAGCACCAAAUCCUUCGAAACGCUCGACUCCUGGCGUGAUGAGUUCCUGAUUCAAGCCUCGCCGCACGACCCGGAAGCAUUUCCAUUUGUGGUGUUGGGCAACAAGAUCGACAUGGGCGAGGAUCGGCGAACGGUGUCGCAGAAGAGGGCACACAGCUACUGCCAGAGCAGGCAGAUGCCCUACUUUGAGACAAGUGCCAAGGAGAGCAUUAAUGUUGAACAGGCAUUCGAGGUCAUCGCGCGGAAUGCGUUAGCGCAGGAAGAGAGUGAGGAGUACAGUGGCAACUUCUCCGACCCAAUCAACAUCAACCUGGAAGGCGAGAGAGAUGGCUGCGCUUGUUAA